AUGUUUGAUGGUUGUGAACCGACUGAUUGCAAGCGAAUCUUGCGGGUAGACAUGUCAAGCACGAUACGCGACGUCAGACGGCAAGUGGAGCGGUUCACAAUGGCGCUCGUGGCAGCCAAGGACACCAGAGAUCUCGGUUGCCCUCGUAUCGACGUGCAUUGCAACCAUGCUUCGCCCCGCACGAGGCCAACGAACAUAAAAGCAAAGCAUGUUCGAGGCUUGCAUCGAUCGAAAAGUCGUCAAGUCCUUCGUCGAGAUCCACGACCGUUGACUGUUACCCGAGGUCUCUAUCGUCGAACGAUAGCAGCACCCGUUUCCCUCUUCACCAAGCUCUUCAAACUCCCAAGCCCACAAGCACGCACAGAUCGAAAACUUGCCACCAUGGCGGACGAGAUCAAGAAGACUUCUUCGCUCGACAUCGAGACCAACACCUUCGAUGGUGAUGAUCAGCCGCUCGAGGUCAACAAGUCCACGGUCCAUGCCUCGGGCACGGUCCAGCUGACCGCUGGCAAGGUGGUGUACAUUCCGGCACCCACGUCGGACCCUCGCGAUCCACUCAACAUGCCCAUGUGGCAAAAGUCGGUCGUCGUUGUGAUCCUCUCCUUCUUUUCGGUUAUCGGCCUCGGCAUCGUCAGUGGCUUUGGUGGUCUGCUCGGCUUCUACAUCCCCGAGUAUGCCGCCAUUGGCAAAGGCUACAAGGAGAUCAGCUACAUGCUCAGCCUUCCCAAUCUUACCAUGGGCAUCGGCAACCUCAUCGGUAUGCCUCUUGCUGUCGCUGUGGGCCGUCGCAGCGUGUUCCUCGUCGCCACUGCCAUCAUGUGCAUCUCGAUCGGUCUCUGCGCUGGUGCUGGAAUCGCAGGCGCUCACUACAACUGGCAUCUCGCGGCUCGCCUUUUGCUCGGUCUCUCUGCGGGCCAGAGCGAGGCUUUGGUGCCCAUGAUCACCCAAGAGAUCUGCUUCCUGCACGAGCGCGCACGCUUCCUCAUGGUCCAGCAGACGAUCCAGGUGAUCGCUUGCGCCAUCUUCAUCCUCUUUGCUUCGCCCAUCGCAGGUGCCAUCGGCCCACAGUGGUGGUACGGCAUCGGAUGCAUCAUGAGCGGCGUCUGCUUCGUCGCUGCCUUCUUCCUGCUGCCAGAAACCAAGUACUACCGACCUCAAUCUGCAUACCAGGAGAACGCGGACGACAGCAGCGCCAAGGAAGGCCAGACGGGCUCGAACUUUGUGCUGCACACCGAGCGCCCUCCUCUGGACUUCGAGACGUACGAGGCUCGAAGCAUGCGUUCCGACCUGCGCCUCGUGGUUGGCAAGCCCGAGUGGAACAAGGCCUGGAUGGUGUUCCGGGAUGCGUGGACCAUGCUCUGGUUCCCCAACGUGCUCUGGGCUCUGCUCAUCAACGGUGUCACGCUCGGGUGCAACAUUGCGCUCUCGAUGACCUACGGUUCCAUCGUCGGCAAGGCACCUUACAACUGGUCCAACGACUCGGUCAGCUACGCCAACACAGGCCAGAUCGCCACCUCGCUCGUGGCGCUGCCCGUGUUCGGCUACGGCAGCGAUUUCAUCAUCAAGUGGUUCGCCAAUCGACGCGGCGGCAUCCACGAACCGGAGACACGCCUGAUCCCGCUCAUCUUCCCCAUGAUCAUCGGCAUCUUUACGAUUGUGCUUUACGGUCAAGGCGCCACGCACCCGGAACAGUACCACUGGUUCCUGUACUGCUGGUGCAUCGCCGCCUACUACUUCUGCUUCGUAGGCGCCAACAUUGUCACCAUCACGUAUUUGCUGGAUGCCUACCCUCAACGUGCCAGUUCGCUCCUCGUCAUUAUCUGCGCUUACCGUGGCAUCAUGUCGUUCGGAGUCAGCUACCGUGUUUGGGACAUGAUCGCAGCUCUCGGCUACGACGGCGCCUUCAACAUGUUCGGAGGCCUCACGGCUCUCGUCAGCGUCAUGGCUAUCGGUGUCUACUUUUUCGGCAAGCGCAUUCGUGUCUUUACCUCGCGAUUCGUCACUGUUCGCGACAAGGAGCAGUAG